AUGAUGCCAUAUUGCAAGCACAAUGACAUCUUGGAGUAUAUCUACCAAGCAUGCACACAAGAUGGAGUGGGAGUGCCAUUCCUGUGUCCUCAAGUUGGCGACGACGAUGCAGAAUAUGUAGUUUUGGAUGCAUUGGAGUUCAUUCAUCACAAAGGUGGCCUGCAAUCACUCACAGUCAUCCAGCACGGCAUCUUGGUGGGUGCCAUCAGGUUUGGUCGCUUCGACAUUGUCAAGUUCAUCAUGGACACGGUUGGAUACCGACCCUCUACGCAUGACUUGUCGGUUGCCUUGUUUGAUCGAGCCAUUUCACACGGUCACGUGGACAUCCUCCAGUUCCUGCUGGACAAGAUUGGUGUUAAUGGCCAAUUGCCAGAGGUCAGGGCAAACUACAUGAUUUCCGUUGAGCAAGCAAUUUUCAAUGGCCAUCUCGAGAUGGUGCAAUUCAUCUCUGGCGAAAGAUUCAAGCACCAUAUUUACAUGCACGCUCAGAGCUCAUUCGACUUUUAUCUCAAACGAGUCUUGAUUGAGAAUGCCUCUCCAGACAUUCGAUUCAUGGAUGAGGCAGGUGGCGUAUACCCAGCUCCUUACUUUGAAAGAAGAUUGGUUGACAAAGGAGAGUAUGAUAUCGUACGAUACUUAUUCUUCAAUCAAUACGUUGAUGAUUAUAAGGAUGUGAUAGUCAGAGGACUUAAGAAGGAAGGUCGCAGAAUAGUAUCGCUACCAUUUGUUGAUCUGCCACUGGCCGAGAUUUUGUCAACCCAAGAGGAUCAAGAGCCAUCUCAACCAAUCGUUCAUCAAUCAAACAUUGUAGAGGCCCCACCUGUUGUUAAGCCUGAGCCCGAGGUGUCAAGUGAGCAGUACGAGAGAAAGGUUGGCAAGUUCAAGUACAGCAGGAAGAUGAUCAUUGGACGUUGGAAGCAAUGGCACUCUGGGUGUACAAGGGUGUGUGGUGUGACAAGGUGCCCGGUGGCAAUCAAACAGAUGAACAAGGAGUUCAACAUACUCAUCGAUAAGGAGGUGGACAUACUCAUUCAACUCACGGCACUAUCUACUGCCACAGACAACUUGGUGAGAUUCUUUGGCAUGGAGGAGAAUGAUGACUUCAUAUUCUUGGCGACAUCAUUAUGUGAGAUGUCACUUCAAGAGUUGGUGGAGACUCACCAGUAUCGAUUCCAAUCAUUGAACAAACACUCAAUGAUCAAAGACAUCAUCAACGGUGUACUAUUCUUGCACAACAACAACAUCAUUCACAACGAUCUCAAUCCCCGUAACAUCCUGUUCAAAGACAAUCACCUGUUCAUUACUGACAUGGGACUGAGCAAGAUGUCCGUUGAGACAUCAUUCGCAUUCACUCAUGCUCCAAGUGGUCACGGUGGUUACUUCCCAGCUGAAGUGAUCAAUAAUCAACGCAAGACCAACUCUGUUGACAUCUUCGCACUUGGAUGUCUCAUGUACUACAUCCUCACUGAUGGAGGUCAUCCAUUCGGUGACAAAGUCCAUCUCAGAGUGUCCAAGAUACUAAAUAAUAAGUGUGACAUCAAAAAACUCUCCGAUCAACCAUGUGCCUCAGAUCUAAUCAAACAGAUGAUUGCCAAGGAUUCAUCUGCUAGACCUACGAUCAACAUGGUGAUCCAUCAUCCAUUCUUCUGGGACAUCAACAAGAGGAUUCUAUUCAUCAAUCGAUUGUUCCAGACCACCCAGAACCAACCACAUUUUUACCUCAGCUUCUUUCCAUGGAACAAAUCCAUCGAUUCCAUGCUGCUUGAUCAACUCAAGUCACAAUACGAUUAUAAAAGCACGAAGGACUUGAUUCGAUGCAUCAGGAACACGAUACAACACCAUCAUGAACUGUUCAAGGAUGCUCAUAAGACUUUAUUCUUUGAUUCACAACAAUCAGCAUUCCAAUACUUUGAGCAGAGACAUCCAACACUGAUCGUCCAACUAUAUCGCAGGUUCAUCAACACUGUUGAUGCCCAAUCAGAAAAUCUCAAGGAUUACUUUGUUGUCUCUUGA